AUGAAACAAAACGUAGUAAUAGUUGGCACGUUACCCUUUAACAACAAUUUCACCAAUUCUUAAAUUCCUAUAAAUUCUUUUUUUAAUGUAUUUUACCAAUAAAAACUUCUAUAUUUGCAUCGGGAAACACAAUCCACUUCAUAAAUUCCUUUUAACGAGCAAUGUGCCGUGAGAUAUGUAAUCACAUUGUCGUUGAUAUCAAGUUGAGUGAGAUUUGUUUUACCGGCGAACCCAGGGUGCAGUUUUGAUCAUUGUUUCGGAAUUUUUAUUGAAGUUUCAGUGAUUGAGUUUUUAAUUAAUUGAAUUAAUUUCAGCAUUUAGUGAAAUUUCGAGGAUUGGGUCAUUGCUAUUUUUGUUGGGUUUUUGAUCAGUUGAGUUAAUUUGGGAGAGUUAGUGAAGUUUCGGGAAUUGGGUCAUUGGUUAAAGCGUUGGAAUUUGAUCUGAGCACUUGUUUUUUGAGAGGAAGUUGUGACUGAGGAAUUUAAGAGAAGGAGAUGAGAGGUGAAAUAAUCAAGGGGUUUGAGAUACAAUGACUGGAGGGUCAUUGUGGAUACGCACGGGGAGUAAUGGCUCAUUGCAGUCACUCAACAACGUUGUUGUUUCAGUGUCAUCUCAUCAAACAAAAUCGAUAUCAGCAAUAUCUGGAAGAAAGGCUUCUUCAAAGAUGUUUUUUCCAGGUUCCAGAGAGAGGGAGAAAGACAGGCUUUUCCCAUUUGUUUUUUGCAAAUAUUUUGGCCGUAGAAAAGUUGCAAUGCUGCUGCUUGUAGUCCUUGCUCUAUUGGUCUUCACAUUGGGUUCCUUCAUAGUUAAUAAAGAAAGCGGCAGUUCAAAUGUUGAUGAACGUGCUGGAAGGUUGGUUCCACAUGGCAACAUCGGGGCAGGUAAUCCUAAAGGUAAUCUAGCUGUUGUAGAAAAAAGCUUGAAGGAUGAAAAUACUUCUGCAAAGAAUGAUGAGAGAGGAAGUGAUGAAAGUGGAGCCCAGUAUCCUCCUCCUCCUCCUCCACCUCCUUCCUCAAUCAAAACAGUUAUUCCUCUGUCACAUCAUCCAUGCAAGAAUUUUGCAUUUCCUCCUCCUCCUCCACCUGGUUUCCGGAGACCUGGACCACGACCUUGUCCUGUUUGUUACAUCCCUGUGGGCCAGGCAAUAGCUAGUAUGCCAGGUUCCCAAUCAGUAUCCCCUGUACUCCAGAAAUUGACAUAUGUUCAGGAUGAAAAUCCAGUUAAAACUGAAUCUCAUGGAGGUUCUGAUUUUGGUGGAUAUCCUUCUAUAAGACAGAGAACUGAUUCUUUUGACAUAAAAGAGUCCAUGACAGUACACUGCGGAUUUGUCAAAGGAAGUAGACCUGGAGUCCAAACUGGAUUUGAUUUUGAUGAAGCUGACCUCACAGAGUUGGAUCAAUUCCAUGAGGUCAUUGUUGCUUCGGCUAUAUUUGGAAAUUAUGAUUUACUGCAGCAGCCCCAGAACAUCAGUGAAGCAGCAAGGAAAAAUAUCCCUUUCUAUAUGUUUAUUGAUGAAGAGACAGAAGCUUAUAUGAAGAAUUCUAGCAUCCUAGACAGUAGUAAGAGAGUUGGGUUCUGGAGAAUUGUUGUUGUCCGCAACAUCCCUUAUAGUGAUGCAAGACGUAAUGGAAAGGUUCCAAAGCUUCUUUUGCACAGGAUUUUCCCAAAUGUUCGAUAUUCUAUAUGGAUUGAUGGAAAGCUCCAGCUUAUUAAGGAUCCAUAUCAAAUUCUUGAGAGAUUUUUGUGGCGCCAAAAUGCUACUUUUGCUAUCUCAAGACACUACAGACGCUUUGAUGUGUUUGUGGAGGCAGAAGCUAAUAAAGCUGCAGGAAAAUAUGAUAAUGCUUCUAUUGAUUACCAGAUUGAAUUCUAUAGGAAUGAGGGUUUAACACCAUACUCUGAGGCCAAGCUUCCUAUAACUAGUGAUGUUCCUGAAGGCUGCACCAUAAUAAGGGAGCACAUUCCCAUCACAAAUCUAUUCAGCUGCCUAUGGUUCAAUGAAGUUGAUCGUUUUACUUCGAGGGAUCAGUUAAGCUUUUCCACCGUUAGAGACAAGAUAAGGGCAAAAGUUGAUUGGAGUGUCAGUAUGUUUCUGGAUUGUGAAAGGCGCAAUUUUGUGAAACAGGCAUACCACAGAGAUUUGUUGGAGCAAAUGGCCCGUCCUGUUGCCAUUACUCAGUUACCAACUGGUUUGCCGGUUGUUGCCAAUGUCGCUGGAGACAACCCUGUGAGGAGGAGGCGUCGCAAAAAAGAUAAGAAACCUGGUUCCAAGCGAAAUCGUAAGGUUUCUGCUGGAAACCAAAACAAUGAAGACGGAAAAAAAACCAUUAACAUUUCAUUUUAAGUGUACUUUUUUUUACCUCCAGAAAAGGGGGAAAAAAAAAAAGAAAGAAAGGAAGAAGAAAUGAUGCAACUUUGAUUUUAAAUCGGUUUCUAAUUAUACAAGAAUGAGUAGGAGAAUUAAUUAGAGAAAUUUAGGAUGAUCAACUUUAUGUUUAAAGAAUGUUCAUGCCCCCUUCUCUUUAAACCGUUGUAAAUACUUUCAGCCUCAUCCCACACAAGCUGCUGCCUGCCAAGCCACAAUUUUUAGGUACUAAUUAUUUCACUUAAAUUUUCAGUUUAUUAAAUUAAACACAAUUAUGAAGCUAGGGAUUUGAUUAACAUUUAAAAUUUAUUUAGGGAUUUGAUUAACCUUGAGCUAGUCUAAUAAUAAAAAUUCCCUUAGGAUGAACUUUUUCUUGUUUAAUAGUAUGAUUAUGUUCUGAACAAAUUUUGUAAUCACACUUUGUCUUCUAUCAGUGACUAUAUUUAUGAUAGACUGUUCUAAUUGUUUCCAUAA